UCUCAGGCCGGCACGAUAGCUUCUCCGAAGAAAGUCGUCCUUCUCAUCAGAUUGAGAAAAUACUUUGUAGCCUAUACGUCCGUCCUAGUCGUAGGACUUGUAUAGUAUAUAGGGAAGCAAUACUGGGAUUGUUCUACCUGACUGACUUGUAAAACGGCUGUUGAAUGGCUGAUCCCGGUGGAGGUGGCCCUGGGCCACCGACUGUGUGUAGCUGUGGAAAACAAAUGAAAGAGGUUGGUUCAACUCACUGCUUCAAAUGUGGACACAUCAUCGGUUCAGAGAGUCUCACUGGGAAAGACAACAAAGGUGGGGACCAAGGUUACUCCGGACAGUCGGUUGAUCGGAACUUGACCUCGCGUGAUGAACUGCCAACGAAGACGGAUUUGCUUGAUGGAGAUUCCAGUAAAUGUACUCAGCAGGGCAGUAGUGAGGAAGGAAGAACGAGCAGCAAAUCUGAAGGAGCUUCAGAACGAGACGGGCAUCUAAAAGAUAUGGCGAAGUCACUAAAACCACCAGUUUGUGAUGGAGAAUUCAAAGGUCAACCUUGCAACACUCUAAUCUCAACUGGGCGCUUCUGUCAAUCAUGUGGACAGAAGAACAAAUACAUCCAGUGUCAGGGAAGCAGAAAAGAUGAUGGGGCACCUUGCAAGAUGUUUGUUCAACUUGGUUACUCCUGCCCAUGCUGUGGAAAACUGGCCAGCCCUGCAACAGAAGCAGGAGCAGCAGAAGUCAUGAAAACGUCUGCAUCAGUAACAACAAUUUCUAUUGAAGAAGAUGAGGUAAACAAGGGUACAGCUGAUGAGAUUGAUGUGCCAUCUGUAAGUGAUGCAAAAGGUGUAUCAACCAACCGGAAUGAGGGAGAGGUUCAUGAGCCAAAAACGUUGGAUGAGCAUGGAGCAGAGUCUGCUGCAGGUUUGGGACAAGCAUCUAGAGUCGACAGGAAAGCAGCAGGAGAAAAAUGUGUAGGAACUAAGGGAGAAAAGACGGAGGUUAAUGAGUCGGAAAAGAAACAUGAACAUGGAGCAAAGGAUGAUGCAGCCAAUCAGAAUGCAGCAUCGAGCAGCCAGGUGGAGGGAGAGAUUCCCGGGGCAAACAAAGAAGCAGCUGAUGGAGAUGAAUCCACACCAGCACCGCCCAAGAAAGAGCAUCAAAAAGAGAGAGAAUUCCGAGCUCCAAAGAAUCAGACUGGUGUGGAUGACACAAAUAAGUCAUUAGAGGAUGAUGCUGAAUGGAUUGAUGGAAAUGAUGGAGGACAGUCACAUAAUAAGAAGGACACAGGCGGCUUUGAGACCAAUGCUAAAGCAGAUACACUGAAAGAUGAAGUUGAAUCAAUACCAAUACCUACCAAUCAGGAGAAAGAGGAUGAAAAAAAAAACCAAUCGAGAGACUCACAAGAUCAGGAGAAAGAUGCUGGAGGGAUUGAUGAGAGUGAUGGUGGACAGCAACCUGAGCCGGACACAGACAGCGUUGAGACCAAUGCUAAAACAGCUUCUGAUCCACUGAAAGAUGAAGAUGUGGCAAAGAAAGAAGAGCAAAACAAACACAGUGGUGCUACAAACAUGGCGGGAGCAAAGGAUGAUGCAGCCAAUCAGAAUGCAGCAUCGAGCAGCCAGGUGGAGGGAGAGAUUCCCGGGGCAAACAAAGAAGCAGCUGAUGGAGAUGAAUCCACACCAGCACCGCCCAAGAAAGAGCAUCAAAAAGAGAGAGAAUUCCGAGCUCCAAAGAAUGAUGGAAAUGAUGGAGGACAGUCACAUAAUAAGAAGGACACAGGCGGCUUUGAGACCAAUGCUAAAGCAGAUACAAUGAAAGAUGAAGUUGAAUCAAUACCAAUACCUCCCGAUCAGGAGAAAGAGGAUGAAAAAAAAAACCAAUCGAGAGACUCACAAGAUCAGGAGAAAGAUGCUGGAGGGAUUGAUGAGAGUGAUGGUGGACAGCAACCUGAGCCGGACACAGACAGCGUUGAGACCAAUGCUAAAACAGCUUCUGAUCCACUGAAAGAUGAAGAUGUGGCAAAGAAAGAAGAGCAAAACAAACACAGUGGUGCUACAAACAUGGCAAAUGGGAACACUGGUUAUCAGAAAGGAGAUAAUCUUCCACAGGACCUAGUGGAAGCAAAAAAAGGCAAAAAUCAAAAGAAGAAAGGCGGGAAAAAUCAGGAGAAGCAGCCUCAUCCGAAGUCUCAUGGCACAGCAAAUUCUCGAAAUUGUCAGGUGCACUUCCAUGUCGUUCUUCACAAAGAUUUCGUUUACAACCGUUCAAAGGAUUCCGUUUGUAUAAGAUUUAACCAUAGCCAUCUUGUUGGAUCAUCUGAUCGAAGUGACCAGCAUAGGAUGAAGGAAAUAGAGGAGAAUGAAGGAUACGUUCUGUUUGAACUUGUUGUCGAGAUCCCGGAAACUGUGCAGGGUCAAGUGCAGUACAAGUAUGUGUUUGUUCAUCAGUCUGAAGAGAAAAAGCCACAUCACGUUUUGGAAUGGCUUCAUGGCUUUGGCAAAGAUCAGCAACAUAGUGCCAAUCGAGACUUCCAAAUGAAUCGGCAAAAUGGGGAUCGGCUAGACCUGUUCGAUGGCUUGAUGAAUCUUCCACCGGAGGACAGUAAAGGUUUUUUGCACACAUUAAAGAAUAUCGGAAAAUCUGUGUCUGGAGCAUCUCGUAGAGCACAUCGGGAUGAUGUCAAGGAAGCCACUCUGGCGAUGCUGCCGAGAUGGCAUUUCUUCUGCUGCAAAUCAGGGACAGGUGAGGACCUGACGGCAUCCCCUGCAUAUGAAGUUAUUAGACGUAUAGACGGGGUCUACACCUAUAUGGAGAGAUCUCUCAAGUCCGGACAUCGGCAGACAAUAAGCACUACAUGGAAGGAGAUCCUGUGGCAAUAUCUGAAGCCAUGGAAGGAGCACAUGAAGGCACAGCUAAAGGAAAAGAAAAUCUUGACCAAGGAGAAUGCAGAAAUUCGUCUAGUGUCUGCACUGUGCAUCAUCCAGCUAAUAUGCAAGAUUGAGGGCCACCUCUCGGCAGAUUUGGAUGACCUUGAUGUAGUACUUGAGUGUCUUCUGCUCAGACCGGAUAAUAACAGGUGUAUCCAACUGUUCAUGGAAACUGUCUCAAAACACUUCAACGACUUGAAUAAGUCGCUUUUGAGUCCACUACUUUCCGCCAGCAUGUUACUGGUUCAGCAUGCUCAAGCUCCAUAUUCUGAAAUUAUUCAGAAGUGGCUCUACAUGACUCCAGUUAUCCAUGCGUUGACCGAGCCUCCAGACCAUCAGCAAGAGUAUCAGGAUAUGCACAAGACCGCUGGCUGGUGGGGUGUGCGCUUAUUCAAUCAAGUGCAGGACAAAUUCAAAAAAAGCAUGGAUGCUGAGGGCAGAUUGCAACUUGAUUUCUUGGUGAAGAAGUUGAGUCCUCUGUUUGACUUUGACCCACUAUUACCAAGGACCCUAAUGACUACAGUCAGCUGGCGGCAUCUCCUUCAGGCAACUUCCAUGCCUGACUUUCCACCAGAUUGCUGCAUAGCUGUAUGCUAUCACUACAUACGAACAAAGGAUUAUAUAUACUUGCAGGAUCGGGAGGUUAUUGAACAGUGCUGUCGGGCAGUGGUUGAAAAGAUCAAGGCACUCCAGGCGACACCAGAUGUAGUAAGAACCAGAGACGCAGAAUACCUUCUUAGCCUGUCCAUGAGCCUGGUGGACCUGUUGAUUAGUGAAACUCACUUUCAAGGAAGUAGGUGGCAUAAAGAACGGACCCUAGUGACAGAUGCAGUGGGAGUUCUGGCAGCUAGCAUGAGCUAUUGUAACUACUUAAGCACGUUCAUGGAUGAACACAAUCAUGCAGCUAUGUUAUCGUGGUUACAGCAGGAACUUAGACGGGCUCAAAAAAGAAUCUUGAGUUGGCUUCAUCAAAUCUUGCCUGAAAGGAUGAAAGAAAGAACACACUUCUCCCUUGCCGAUGGUCUGGAACUAGAGAUUUUCUCAAAACUUCUUUAUGUUGAAUAUGGUUUUGGUGGUCUCGAUCAGUUCUGGAUUCAAGGCUUGAUUGACAAAUUGUCUUACAGGAUCCAACAAGUCAGCCCUCGAGAGCGUGCGGAAAUGUUCUGUUGUGGCCUGAUAGAUUUCAGCAAGUACCACAAGCUGAUAGAGACACGUUUCAGUGACGCAGUAUUCGAUAUCUUGAAUGAGGUGGACCUCCUUCGCAUUGGUUAUGACAGUUCAUCCGCGAAGUUCCGAAUUCUUGUGUCAAGCAAAUUUAGGGACGCUUGGAGAAAGGAAGUGGGGGAUUUGGACAACAGAGAUAGGAUCCUCCUGCAUCUGCUAAGCUGGCCAGCAUCACCUGGAUAUCUUGAGAUCUAUCAAAAUGGUAGGGCUAAUGCAAUUUUGGAGGAUGAAUGCAAGCAAAAUAUGGCAUUAGCUGCAUCAGUGAUUACAGAUCUUCAUGAACGAUUAUGGUCACAUGAUAUCAGUGUCGAAGAGUUUGAGCUGAUAAUGAAAAACAAGGAAUCGUUCAUCGCCCUCAGUACAGUCUUAAUCAUUGGAAGGAAGCAGACACUUGAUGAGAAAACUGUGAGAGAUGAGGUGAUUGCCUUUCUCGACAUGCGGCAAUAUGAGCUAGAAUACUACAGGGAGACAUGUCAAAAACUGCCGCUUCUCAUUGAUGCUUGCUGUUCCUUCCCCUGUGUGAAUGUUGGUCCGCUGGGACAGAUAGUGCAACGUGAUGUGCAAAAUGCUAAGAUCAGAGAGCUGGUUACACCGAUACCUCAUCAACAUUAUAAUAAGAAAGGACGUCCUUUGCCUGAAAUCAUAGCGUUUGCCAUCCAUCCAGCAAUAAUUGGCAUUCUGGAUGAUGUCAGAUUUGUCAAGUUGAGCCUCAUCUUGAAAAACAUCUGGAAUAGACUGGGACAUCUUCAAACAAGACGGGUCGAAUCGGGAGCCAUUGAAACUUUAGAUCUCAAGGCAGUCGUUGAAGACAUCUGGGCCCCUGCCUGGAAAGAGUGGCAUCAAGUUAUUCUGAAUCUGAAAGUUGGCAAUGCCACUUUACAAGACAUUGAUAAAUACUUCAGUGUCUUUGAAGCCAGGAUUCCCAGCAUUGCGGAGGAAUUAAGAGCCAUGAAAAACUUCGGUGACAAUGAUUUGGAUGUUGGUGUAGUGCUUGGAAAAAUAGAGGUGUACUACCAGCUCGAACACUAUGCUGAUGGAGCCAGAGCAAUUUUACAAGUGAAGGAUAUAUUUGGCUUGGCAGGAGACUUCAAGACUCUUGAAAUGCUUGCAAAUGUGGAAAGAAGCAAAAACCAAUCCCUUAACCUCAUGGACAGGACAAUACUCAAAACAGGACAGUUAUAUAAAGAUAUAUCACCGGAACAGAUAAGAUGUCUGCAAGUGAUUGGUGAAUGCAAUGAGCUGAUCAAAUGGCUCAAAAAGGAGAUUGGAGGCACCAAGGACCUAAAGGUUUUUGUUGACCUGGCAAGCAUCAGUGCAGGAGAGGGAGAUUACAACAUGGAUCGUGUCCACGUGCUCCAUUCAGUCAUCACCGGCUAUGCGCCUCUCAUCUGUGACCUGCCUGAGGAUGCAGAUGCGGAGACAUUCCUUAGCCAUUGUGAGAUGGUCUGGGGAGCUUUGAAAUCUGAUCCGAAGUUGCCCAAGAAAUUGAAAAGCACUCAGGGUCUCAUGGACUGGUUGAAAUUCGUGAAAGACUCCCAUGGUUCUGUAGAGGUCAGUUCUCUGAGUGAAGCUGAUGCCAUCAACGCAAGAGGAAUUUACAAAGUUGGAAAUCUUAAGAAAGGGCACAAGAAAAUGGAGGAUAUGAUAGAGCUGAUUGUUCCAACUGAGAAGGAAGGCGAAGUGUCAAAAAGAUAUAGCUUUGAACAACUGACUGACCUUCAGAGCAAAUUGAUGUUGGUGUCAACAGCGAAGAGGGGAGCUGAGGAUGACAGCUCCAAACAUGCCGUUGACAGAUUCACAGAGAUCUUUGAGGGCGUGACUACUCUUGCAAAAACGUAUGUGAAGAUAUGCUUUGCCGGCAACGUACUGUUCCACGACUGGGUCUCAACAAUUGUCUGUGAUCCCAAGAGAAACGUGAACCUGAAAGUGAACAUUCAACUCGAAGAAGGCAUUUUGACGGACAGUCGUGAGGGUGAUGUUAUUGGAAAGAUUCAUCACUUGGAAAAGUUCAUGGCGGAUUGUCUGAAUGAAUGGCGGGCCCACCUAAGCGAACAACGCUCGACAUUCCCUCAGCUGAACCACUUUACUACAGCACAGAUUGUCACAUUGCGUGGUGAUUUCGCCAAAGUCAGGAAUAAGGAACAACUUGAUGUGACGACCUAUGAUAUGCUUCAUAAUAUCAAAUGUCACUGUACACAUGAAGACCUCAUUGCAGCCGUUGACGAUGCUGAGAAUUUCCUCAGGGUGCAUACAGCUCCAAUUCAAAAAGAGACCCCUGUCAAUGAAUCAGGAGAGGAUGCUGAGGUUGUACCUGAUGUCCGAGAAGUUCUAGAGAAGUUAACUGAUGGAGGUGUCUCGGAAAAGCUAGCCCGUCUUGCUGUCAAGGAAUGUGGCUUGAAUGUGGAUGAUUGUACACUGUGGUGUUUUGAAAACGAAGACAAAGACGAUGACGAUGAUGAUCAAAGUGAGUCCUCAGAGAGCGAUGAUGCAGCAGAUGACCUUAACGCAAUGCAGCCAACAAUGAGUGAUGUGACCUCUAAACUACUUAACCAGCUGUAUAAAUCAAAAUUGGGACUGUGUGAUCAGUUGAGGGACCUGUGGCAUGGAUUCCUUGAGAAUGUCUCGACAAGUGUGAAGGACUACCUCAGUGUGAAGCACCUUGGCAUGAUAUUAGAUGCACUUGCUGACAGAGAAAACACUGUGAUAAAGAGAUCCUUCCCUCCAGUGUUGAAGUCAGGACGACCUAACCUCAUCGUUUGUCCAGAAGAUGAUGUGUAUAUCACUGCUCUGAGCUUGUAUAUGGAUGACAAACCUGAAGAUGUGCCACUACCAAAUGAUGAUGAAGUCUUGUUGUGCACAGUUCACACUACAGCUGAGGAGGUUGAGCUCCUGUGGCAGCGGGCUGUGAAUGAUCAGCAAAGAAAGAUAUUCUGUCUUGUAAAUGCAGACCUCUUAGAUUAUGAUGUGAGCGACCAAGUUGAGAAGUCACUUGAUAGUUCCAUCAAGGGAAAAGAAGACUUCAGGUUGGCAAUCAUCUGUUCUGCGGAGAGGGAAGAUACCUCGCGCAUUGUUACAGCUCUAGAUAGAGACAGAAGGUCAUUGAUUCCCUGUAAAACUGAGCAAGUAAUGGACUACCUCCAUCGGCAGUUUCAGAAGGACCUGGAUUCUUGUGGUGGGAACUCAGCAGCAAAGGUUGAAUUUGAAAAAUUGUCUGUCCGUCUUGUCAAAUCCUCAAGAGCUGGGGUUGGGAAGAGCCUUCUGAUUAAGAAACGGAGCGAGUUACUUGGGUGUCAGGCCAUAACUGUCCGCCUUCAUGAAAGACACAUGACAGAUGCUAACCUGGUGGCAAACUUGGUCGAAAAACGUGGCAAUGUGAAGAAAGAGAUAAAACCAACCCUGUUCCACAUUGACAUUGGACAUGAUGUGGUGGAAGGGGUCAACCAUGUUCUGUUCAAUCUACUUGUUCUCCGCUGCGUGAAAGAUGCUACUGGGAGAUGCUGGAGACGCCAUCCAUCUGACUUGUACAUGAUUGAGAAUUUGCCUCUCUUGAAACAGGAAGUGCAAAGGACAACUGCGAGUGAUAAAGUCCAGUAUGUCCACCAGAUGCUGAAUAUUCUGCCCAGUGUGACUUGUCAUCCUCCAAAGGAAACAUUGGCUAUGCUGAGGAAUGAAACCAACCCAGAAGGUUUCUUGGUCAACGUUCCCCUGAUAUAUGAAGAUAUAUGCAAACACCAGGAGUUCAGAAGACCGUUCAAUCACCUCAAGACGCUCACUUCCGCUGAAACGCAGUCAAGUCGUUUGUAUUUAUGGUUGGAGUUGCUCUUGAGUUACUGUGGUGUGGAGAAUGGUGAUCCUUCCUGGUCUGAGUUGCACAACUUUGCCUCCUUCCUCAACACUCAGCUAGCUGAUGCAGAGCGCUCUGCUUUCUGCUCAGAUUCUGCCCAGGAGUUUCUACCUGGGUUCACAGUCUUUGUGGUGAAGUUCAUGGUUCAGAUGUCAAAGGACUUUGCCACACGAUCAUUGAUGGUGUCAGAAGAAACACCACAGUUACUUCGACCGCAGGUAGGAGAGGAUGAAGAUAAAGAUGGAGAGGUUGAGAAUGAUGAUGGUCUGCUAGCUCUACGUAGGAGAUGGGAGUCAAGCCCACAUCCAUACAUCUUCUUUAACCCUGAUGGUCAAACGUUCACAUUUCUUGGCUUCAACAUCGACAGAAGGACCGGUAAUCUGAUCGAUAAUCAGACGAGACAGAUACUGAAUACAAAUAUCAUGUCACGACAACUUUUUGAUGCCCUGGUAGGAAAUGGCGUUAAACUCACUGAGAACUUCGACACACUUAGGAGAAUUGACAAAAUUAAACGGCUGCGUAAUGUGAUGGGUUUGGAUGAUAUGAACGAUGCCAACUGGAACGAUCCUGACCAAACCUACGAACUUACAACUGACAACGUGAAAAAGAUGUUGGCAAUUUACAUGCGGUUUAGGUGUGGUAUCCCAGUUGUAGUGAUGGGUGAGACAGGGUGUGGAAAGACGCGGCUCAUCAAGUUCAUGUGUGAUCUGCAGGUACCACUGAAUGAAGAUAUCAAGAACCUUGUGCUUAUGAAGAUCCAUGGUGGAACAACUCAUUUGGACAUAAUCAAGAAAGUUCAGGAAGCGGAGAAACUAGCAGUUAAGAACAGGGAGAACAACCCCAAGAUGUACACCAUCCUGUUCUUCGAUGAAGCCAACACUACUGAAGCCAUUGGUCUCAUCAAGGAGAUUAUGUGUGACAACAGUAUUAACGGCGAGCAGAUCAGCACCAACGCUGGAUUGAAAUUUGUGGCUGCUUGUAAUCCUUACAGAAAGCACACCAAGGAAAUGAUACAGAACCUUGAACAGGCUGGACUUGGAUACAAUGUCAAAGCAGAUAAAACUGCUGACAAGCUAGGGCGUGUGCCAAUGAGACACCUGGUGUACCGUGUUCAACCACUCCCACAGAGCAUGUUGCCUCUAGUCUGGGACUUUGGACAACUCAGCGAUGAGGUGGAGAGGAUGUACAUCAAACAAAUGGUACAAAGAUACAUGACCAACGGGCAAAUACCGAACGGACCUGAACUGAAUCGUGUCAUCACAAACAUCCUUGCUGCCUCUCAGAGAUUCAUGAGAACACAACAGAAUGAAUGUAGCUUUGUCAGUCUUCGGGAUGUUGAGAGGACAAUGAAUGUGAUGGCGUGGUUCUAUGAACGGAUUGAACUUCUCAAAGAACUGAUGGAUGAUUUGGAUGAUGAGGAUGAAGAAACUGUUGGAGAUGUAACACGCUCUCUGAUCCUUGCACUCGGUGUGUGCUACCAUGCGUGUCUGCAAGAACAAACCAGAGGUGCAUAUCGAGACAUUAUUGCAGAGCAUUUCGAAGAACCUUGUGCACUUCCAGACCCCCGUUGUAUUCUUGACGAAAUAAACAGAUGCCAAGAUCUCUUCCUUGACCAAGCGCAAAUCACAGAGCCCAACAUUGCUCACAAUCAGGCUUUAAAGGAGAACCUGUUUAUGAUGGUUGUGUGUAUUGAGCUGAGGAUACCUCUGUUCCUGGUUGGAAAGCCUGGAAGUUCAAAAUCUCUGGCGAAACUCAUUGUGACAGACGCUAUGCAGGGAGAGACUGCUAAGACCCCUCUCUUCAAGUCCUUAAAGCAGGUUCACAUGGUAUCAUUCCAAUGUUCUCCAUUGGCCACACCUGAUGGUAUCAAAGGAACAUUCAAACAGUGCGCAAUGUUCCAGAAGAAAAAGAACUUGGAACAGUUUGUGUCAGUUGUCGUAUUGGAUGAAGUCGGAUUAGCUGAAGAUUCACCACGAAUGCCGUUGAAGACACUCCAUCCCCUUCUUGAAGAUGGUACAUGUGGAGACGAUGAGCAACCUGAUGAUGAUCGCACUGACGAUGAUGGUAAUGAUGAUGAUGAUAAUGUUGUUUCUACUGACUACAAGAAGGUGGCAUUCAUUGGAAUCUCCAACUGGGCUCUUGAUCCUGCCAAAAUGAAUCGUGGCAUUCUUGUCCAGCGUGAUGUACCUGAUGAGAAUGAACUCAUUCGGAGUGCGGAGGGAAUAUGCUCGACCAAGAAACAGGUGUUAGAAGAUAUAAGGCCACUUAUUCCAAGAAUGGCAAAUGCUUAUUUGGAACUCUACCGGAUGUCAUUUCACGAAAUCCGAGAGUUUUUUGGUCUGAGGGAUUUCUACAGUCUGGUCAAAAUGGUAUAUGCCUUUGCGGAGAAAUCAGGAGCUGCUCUAACCUGGCAUCAGUUAGAGCAUGCUGUCCGCAGAAACUUCGGUGGAAUAGAAAAUGUGAAUCCAGUAAAGGUGUUCAAGAACAAAUUCCCCAAUAUGAGUACACAACGUAAGCCGGAUGAUCCCAAAUGUGAUACAGAGGGCUUGAUCAAAGCAUGUCUAUCAGGAGAUGGUGUGAGCAUUGAGAGCCGAUACCUACUCAUCCUGACAGAGAAUUAUGCAGCCCUAGGCAUCCUGAAGAAGGAUCUCCUCAACAUGGAAGACUUCAUUGCCAUUUUUGGGAGCAGCUUCCGCAGUGACCAGGAAUAUACUCAGGUCUGCCGUAACAUCAACCGCAUUAAGAAGUGCAUGGAGACCGGGAAGACCGUGGUACUUCUGAACCUGGAGUCGUUGUACGAGUCCUUGUAUGAUGCUCUCAAUCAGUACUAUGUUUACAUGGGGGGCGAGAGAUACGUGGAUCUUGGACUUGGCACCCAUCGUGUCAAGUGUAGGGUUGACGCUAGGUUUAGGUUGAUAGUGGUUGCCGAGAAGGAGGUCGUGUACAAGGAGUUCCCGAUUCCGCUAAUCAACCGCCUGGAAAAACAUGUGCUGGCCAUGACGACCAUGUUAAGUGAGAAGCAGAUAAAGGUCACUAAGAGGAUUGAGAAGUGGGCAAAAGAUUACGUCACACCGAAAUUCAAUACCCCAGUACCUCAGUCAAGACGGAAAGAAAUUGUCCCUGGUGAUGUAUUCUGUGGUUACCAUGAUGACACUGCAGCGUCUGUUGUUCUACAGAUUAGCAAGGAACUGGAUGCAGAUGAGACCAGUACUGGAUGGGCUGAAAAGUUUUACAAUCGGUGCAAAGAUGUUCUCCUGAUGUGUGCCACACCUGAAUCAGUUGUCAGGCUGAAAGAUACACGGUUAGCUGCUGAAUGGAAAGCCCUUUCUGAGAAAUACUUCAUCGAGCAAACUCAUGACAGCCUCAGUCAAGUUGUUAGUCAGCUCCUGAAGGAUAGGACAGUGGGAGAAGGUAUCUUCCUGGAGGUGACCACAAAGUCGCAUCUUUUUGCCAAGAACGAUGCUCGGAUUUUGUCCCGGAGGUUGGGGAUUGGAAAAAACUUCACCCUGCUGGCCUUGCAGGCAAUGGACACAAAGCAACAGUUUUCCAGGGAGUUAAGGAAGUUCUUUGACCAGCAGGACAAUGAUGAACGACUUAUGCUUCUCCAGUGUGACUCUGGUGACAGGAACAGUAACUUGAUAGCAUGUGCACGCUACCAGAUCAUGGAAGAGUUCACCAAGUCGAAAAAUACAAUGAGAGGAAAGGCGCAUUUCGUGUUUAUUGUCCAGAUGCCUAGAGUGAUGGCAGGAAGCUUCAUUGGAUUCCAAGGUGGAAGGUGGUCCUCUGUAUAUAUCGACGACCUUCGUGUUAGUCACCAGCCUGCCAUCAUGAAGUUGUCUGAACAAUCCAUAGGUGAUCUGAUAGGGGAAUCUGUGAGGAAAGGAAGUGUUGGGAAAGGAAUUGGACAGUGCCUCCAGCAAAAGCAUGCCCUUUCAUUCAUUGACGAUGUUCAUGACGAUGUUCUUGAAAACCAUGAAACAUGGCAAAUUCAACCUUCACCUGAACGACUGAAUGAGAUUGUGCAGAUGACAACACAGAGGGCUCAAGAGCAUGGUGGAUGUCGCCCUAUUGAUAGAUCGGUUGAGCAAUUCCUUGAUGUAGAUGCCCUUAUUCAAUCAUGUAUCCAGAGUGCUGCUUCUAUCGUCAAAGAUCCAGAAUUUGUGCCUUCUGAGAGAGCCACAGAACGUUUGCACAUCAUUUUGGAAAAGGUUUCUCAGAAAGAAGAUGUGAACUCCCUGAUGUCUGCCAUGAAGGUUCGAGUGCUCCAGCUCUUCCAAGAAAAAGAAGGCAGGACAUCAGUACAUUCGAUGGCUAGUGAUUGGCUGAGCAAGGAAGCUGCUGCCACGGAAACCAUCAAUCGGGUUGGAACCUUCAGGAAGGCAGUCCAGAUGGUGAUGGAAAACAAAUUGACACCAAUCCUUGCAGGUUUAGUGGCCUACAUGGAUACAAACUGUAAUCUUGAUAUCCUCAAGAAAAACGAGACAAGGCUUGACGACGUCAUCCGACAACUCUGGCUUCAAAUGUUUGCUGAUAAUCUGGUGACUCCACUAUCCUACACGCAGUUCCAGUCGCCCACAAUCCAUGUUGAUGUGACAGAAAUGAUUGCCCCACAGACAGGCAACGGUCACCAUCUGUUCAAACCUCAGUUUCCUUUCUCCUGGGAGAUACACUCACAAAUGGAGUUGAUUAUACAGACUGCACAAAGAGCACCAGGAGAGGAGAUGGAACUGACUUGCCAGAGGCUGUUCCAGGAGAGCCCUGUGGGAAAAUCAUUGACGAGAUUCAUGCAAGACCAGCCAGAGACUGUACAGGAUGAAUUGAUGGAACAGUACUUGAAAGACUUCGUUCAUUUGUGCUUCAAGGCCGUUGAGGAAGACCUGGAACAGAUUUUGAUAAAGACUCUCAAGAUUGCCUUCAGGGAAGUGUGUCAGACAUUAAAACUAGAUGGGGAGGAUGGCACAAGAUUGACGAUACAGAAACUUCACUUGACGCAUGCGAAGUGUCGUGAGCGCUUGGAUCAUUUCAUCUAUGCCUGCAGUAUCUGGCCUGAGUGCUUAGAAUUGCUCAAAGAAAGCAAACAUAAAGAGCUCAGCAACACACUCACAGAGAUGACCCUUGAUGUGAUUGUCCUCAUCCGGAUUAUUGACCACAUCAAUAAUGUUCACGAUGAGCAUGAAAAACAAGAACAUCCAUUAAAGAAAAAGAUACAAGGGCGGAGGUUGUGGAUUGACCGAGUCAAAUUAUUCAAGCCUUUGGCUGAGAGAAUCAUGCAGCAGACUGCUGCUCAUGGUCAGGGCCUACCUCUAGGAGCAUUGUGCCAGAAAUAUGUGGAGGAGUACAGGCCUCUAUGGACUAGGAUCUGUGUUGUCCAACUCUUCAUGGAUCAUGUGUGCCCACCCCAUGUCAAGACUGAAGCAGAUCGUGUUGAUUCAGUGGGUCCAGUUUGGAUGUAUUUGAGUAAGGAUGUUGAUUUCAAGAAAGCAUCAACUGUUGAGAAGGUCGCUAAGUACUUAAAAACAUGCAAGAACAGAUAUGUGAAGAAACUGUACAAAAAUCACUUGAAGUGUCCAGGAUGUCAGGAAGAAAAAAGCGAUCCCGUUCAACUUCCUUGUAAACAUUCCAUCUGCCGCAAAUGUCUCAAUGACCAGAUUGAAGCAGAUGACCGCAUUUGCCUGAAAUGCAAAGCAGAAAUCCCCGAGGCUUUUCAAAUCCCUGAUAGAGUUAGCAAUAGAGAUGCUGACAUUGCCUACAACAAGUACAUCAACGCUAGUAACCAGUUCUUCAUGGACAUCAUCUCUCAGCUUUGCUUUGCCGAGGACUCGCCUCCACAGCAGGAUGUCGUGAACAUUCUCAUGUCAUAUGUAAUCCAUGAGCCGCAAGGCCAGGAAAGCAGAUUGCGUUCCCGCACGAAACAGUUUACUGUGUAUGAUGAGUGUAUUGACCCAACUCCUGUCCUGAGGUCUCUGCUGUUGCAGCUACUACUGAGAUAUGACAUUGAUGAUGUACGAGAACACUUGCAGCUGUAUUUUGAGAAAUCUCAGGGCUUUUUGGAAAAUAAAAACCAUGUUAUCGAGUUGUCCCUGUUGUGCACACGAUGCUAUGAGGAUUCCUACCACAGUCACUGCAGCAGUGACUCAAGGGGUGAUGUCCUGGAGAUGAGAAUAAGGAUGGCAACAGAACACCUUGGGUCUGCUUGCAACAAUUUGGAAAGAGAAGAACUUGACAUCAACAAGGUGGAGGCUAUUGCUAAAACUAGGUUUGGUCUCGGCGUUGCAGCUGAGAUGAUGUACAGGGUCCACGUAGCUGAGGAGGAUGGGCAUGAUAGAGAUGCUGUUGAGAAAUUAUGGCAAGCAGCUUGGGCAGUUCAUGAUAACAGCAAAUCAGACUGGCCGAGGUUGUACUUAGUUAAACAACUCUGCCGGACAUAUGGCAUGGACUGUCUGCACCAAGUCUCCCAAGUCCAGUACCUCGGGUGGAUUCUACCAGAGGAGGCCAGGAAUAACCAGAAUGAUGGAAUUGAUCGCCUUGUCUUGUUUGGUGAUCAUUAUACCAGGUUACGAGAUUCAGUGGUGAAUGUCACCUUAGGAAAACCAUUGCAGGAUUUUGCUUCAACUUGUGAGGGGUUGAAGGGAAAUAACCGGGUAAAAGAAGUGGCCUGCCUUUUGGCCUUGCAUCAGGCGGUGUUCGCUCAGAACAUGUUUGAGGAGAAUGUCAAGCACAGGAUAAGUGACGAGAUCAUUGACAACCUGCUGAGUGUCUGUAUUAACCAGACUUUCAUGAAGAACAAGCAAGCUGCCCAUGAUAUUCUAGAAAGGUCCAAGUCCAAACAAUUAGGUCCUGAACCUGUCAGGGCUGACGAAACGACCAAGGCCAUCAAAAAUCUGCUGCGGUUAUUCAACCUUGUGAUACAGUCAUCAAACAAGACACCAGCUCUGUUGAAGCCUCUCAGAACUAUGAUGAGUGCACCGCGCAAAAUGGUGGCCUCUUAUCUACCGACCAUGCCCCAGGAUCAUCUUGAAGAGCUGAGAACUGCUCUUCUUGCUGCUAAGACUGCCUACGAAAAUCCAGUAUUUUACGCGUGCAGCAACGGCCAUCCGUACAUUAUUGGAGAUUGUGGUGGACCAUAUUAUACAGGGAAGUGCCAAAAAUGUGGGGUUACAAUUGGUGGGAGAGAAAAUGUAUCUGCGGAUGGGAACGUUAGACUGGAUACCAGGGACAACACACAGACCGGCCACAUAUUAGGACGAGCAGACAUGCGUGAUCUAACUCCCGUCCCAGAGCGUGAUCUGACUCCGGCUGUUACGAUCAUCCUGCGACUGCUACUCCACCUAUCUAUGCAUAUUGGCACCAACCAUGAUGCCCAGGCUGUAGCUGACAUGAUCAGACCAAACAUCGGUCCCGAUGAAGUCUGUACAUUCCUAUUAGAUCAUAUUCGCCACGAUAUCCAACAGCUUGCAAGGGCUCUUGGGAAGUCGCCUGAUGAUUGCUUGUCAGUUAUGACUCUACUUGUCGGUGGUGGAUUCAUGGAAGAACAGAGAAGUGAUGCCUGCUUUAACUUGGACCUGAAUUCCAAAGAUGCCCGUGUGCAAUGGGAGAUUGCCUUCUCGCAAGCACAUGUGACGCCUCUACUGCAUGACUUUGAUGUCAAAGUGAACCGAAUCAAUGAACGAUUGCUUAGUGACGAGCGUUUGUCAAACAAUCCCCUGAUCAAGAUUAUACACGAAGUGGUCACACUUGGUGAUGAUGUCGAUGUCAACAAGAUCCACGACAGUCACAUGAUGUGGCAGUAUCGAUACCGGGUGACGGUGGACCACCUGACACAGCUCAUGAAUGAUAAUGGCCAUGAUCGUGAGGAGACAAGGAUCUUACGUCACUUCCUUCAAGAGGAACAUCAUCUGCGGGCCAUGUGUCAUCUCCCAGCCAUCAGCAGACUGCAGCAAUUGUUGCUUCAGAAAUACCAGCAUAGAAUCAAUCAGGCGGAUGCACAGCGCAUUAAGGUCAGCAAAUUCCUGCAGGAAUACGAAGUAGCACAAAGGGACGAGAUCAAGAAAUUGGUGGACGAGUUUGCUGAAGCCUGGAAGUGUGUCCGAGAUGCACUUCGAACAUACACCGCGAGUGGGUACACACUCCCCCGGGACAACUGCGAGCUGGCUGUGGAUGGUGAAACGCCUAUUGCCAUGCUAAUUCCAUGUUCGCAGGGACUAGGCCUCUGUUCUGUCAUGCUGCUUGAGUUCCUCACGAGGAAACACAACGAAUUCAUCAUGUCAUAUUGUAGAUACAAGGAGAAAGCAUCAAGUGAACUGCCCGAGUUCAGCACUAAAGAAGCCACACCCGCACAUCUGAUCUCCUAUGACCCUGAGAAGGACCUUCUACCCAUGGUCCUUGCCCAUUGCAACUACUCCCUGGAGAUUGGGAAGGGCACUGUCAUCAGUUAUGACUUCAGUGGAAUAGAAAGACAACUUGAGGAAAGACUUCUUAGAGGAAAACCAAAGUUGCGGUUCGAGGUAUCAUCCAUUGUUUUUCGAGGGGAUUACAGUAACGCUGUUGAAUUCCAUGCAUUGAGGUCCAAGAUUUCUCAGGUGCCUUUGAGCCAUGCCAUGCAGAUGCAGAUAGUGCAAGACUGCCGUCUCCACUAUCACAGCCUACCUGACUCUUUGGCCCAUCUUGAUGUGGCUAUCCACUUCCUCCUCUCGGUUGGUGGAGAUCCGAAGGCAAAACUGAUCACAUUCAUGUGUGACCCCCUUAAGAUGUCUGAGAAGAUUUUCACGACGCAGAUCCGUCAACAUUGCCUACUGAUGCACAUCCAGUCUCUAUGGUUGACUCUGUCCUUGGAGAUGUCAAGACAAAUGUUCCACUACCAAUCGGACCCAUUUGAUACUGUGUCCAACGACUACCAUCAACCAUUGGACGAUGAUGUUAUUCAUUCACUUCACAAUGCUCUGCAGCAUCUUAACAUUGACACCUUCGUGUCAGAACUCCACGAGUGCAUUCUUUUGAACAUUAAUGCCCAGCAAAGUAGAAACGAUGAGGAUGCAGUCGAUAAUGCUAACUUCGGCCUCGCUGAUGUAAUAACAGAAUACAUCAACUCCAAGGAUGGCACAGAAAUUCCUUCGCUGAGUAACGGAAUGUUUCCCAGGGAAAUUCUUGUGAAGCACGCUGUUUCUGUCUGGACAGAGGCCGUCACCAUUCAAAACAAGGAAGAAACAAACAGGAGGCAUUAAUGAGGACAUUACGAGGGUUUUUCAGGCAUGCCAUACAUAUACAUGGCCUUUAAGGGACCUAUUAUAUGACUUUGGCAGCAUGGGCUUAUCGCCAGAAGCGUUAGUUUGAACACAAUCUAUAUUUCUUUUAACGUACAUGUAUGCCUUCAUCAGUGUUGUGAUAUCCUCCCAUUGGAAUGACGUACAGGUGUACUGGCCGGGUAACAUGGGAAAAAUAUAUUGUAUAAAUUCCAAUAAUAUGUUAAAAAACAUCUUCAAAAGUGGUAUAAUUCCUCAUACUGGAUUUUGACUCUGUAUAAUGUAAACAAUUGCAAUGUUAGCAGUUGAUUGACUAAUUGUGUUAUAAACAUCAAAAUAGACGCUUUGCAUUUUUCUGGGCAUAGAGGUGAGAGAACAUAGAAUAUGACCUUAAUCACGUAACAGCUGGUACAGUUUCCUACAAUAAUAAGGACAGGUUUAUGCCAUAGAGAUAUAAAGAAUUUCUGAUAGCUCAGCUAUAAGCAACACUUAUACUGCCUGAUUUUCUGAUGAUGUCAUAUUUACUGCUCCCAAUCACAUCAGUCAAAGUUUUAUGCUGAGACUUAUACUGGUAAUAGGCCAGUGAACAUCAUGGGUGAAAUGAAUAAAGACCAGCAAAUGCUUUUAUCUAAAACUCCAUGUACAUUUACACUAGGCCUUGCUGUACAAAAUUAUAGUAAAAGCAUUUACUUGUCUUUAUUCAUAUCGCCCAAUGGGUCAUAUUAGUUUCUUUUUUAUUAUACAGGCCUUGCAGGUGGUAGUAUCCUUUGACAUGUUUCAUUUCGACGUAAAAGGCAAGAAGUAAUCUUACCGAAAUUGCAAUAUUUUUGCAUUUAACAGAUAAGCCUUUUAUAGUCAAUUCGUAAAUGUUGUGUCCACAUUGUUUGGGGCUCUGGAGGGCAAAUUACUGGUCGGAUUUCUUGAGGCAAGGAUCAAUAAAAACCAAACUUCAAAUAAAUCUGACCAGUAGUUCACCCUCCAGAGCCCUAAACAAUGCGGAUAUAUAUCAUUUACGAAUGGCCUAGAGGCUGUGAAUAAAGAAAAUUUGUUCCAGUAAAUGCAGAAAUUCCUGCAAGUUUUGCCGAUAAAUGACAUGAGAAGGUCAUUGCGAAAAAAGUUUUUAAGGACAAUGCGUUUGUUCGGAGUCACUGAAUUGGUAAAUUUAAUUACAAUUGUGUGCUAAUUGAUACGUUAUUUGUCUUACAUGAGGGUUUUUUAAAGCUUUUUAGAGAAUAUAUCUACAUAUAUCUAUUUAGACCUGACCUAUUUAGCUUUAUAGAGAAUAUAUCUACAUUCGCUUGGGCAAUAUCAGUUUGCCAUGCUAUAAAUAUAUGUAAUUUUGACGUUUUCUGUAAUGUUCUGUAUACAUGCAGAUGUAAAUGUAAUACAUGUCUUGUUUCAGCUUGUUCCUUCUUAUAUUGAAGGAAAUACUUCCUUGAUAUUUCUUGUAUGUUUUAUGUGUGUAUAUUACUGGUACUUAUUACCUAACUUGCCUAAGUCUAAAAAACAAAAGGAUCUUGAUUCAAAAACCUGCAUGAAAAUGGCCGUUGUGCACAAUGUUUUUUGAAAAAUUGAUAAUAGCGGAUAACUAGCUGGCAGUGUAUCAUUUCUCUCCUGGUGUCAACCAUGUGAUUGGCAAAUAUGUAUUAGGCUCAAUGUACUGGAAGUACCAAAAAGAGUUUUACCCGAGUUGUAAUAUUUUGGUGUCAGGUUUUGUUUCGGGAGUUCUGCAGAUAGGCUACGAAUAUGAAAUAUGUUCCAGAUCCGCUAAAAACUUAACAAUUUCUCUGCAGAUAAAUCACCUACCUAUUUAAUUUUGUAGUUUUCUGUUGUUUUCUGUAAUGUUAUGUAGAUGUACAGUAGAACCUCUCUACCCACGGGACUGACAAAUCAGUGCUGUCCUGAUUAGAGAGGUCAAAUUGAAUGAAAAAAACCAAUUUGGGACCAAAACUAAUCCUUAAUGGAGAGGGUGUCCCUAAUAGAGAGGUGUCCGCUAAGGGAGGUUCCACUGUAUAUGCAAUAAUACAUGUCUGGAAUGAGCUGGAAUCAUGUAGAAGAGGUAAACUUCAGGUGUAGCAGUUUGUUAGAAAAUUUAACAAUGACUGGAAUGUGCUAUAUUCUAUUUACAUUAUUGUACUCAAAACCAUCAAAAAAGUCAUCUAGGGUUUUUGUUCGUUGUAAUGUAACUACACAGUAUAAUGUAGGCUUUCACACUCUUAUUACUUAUGGAUUUUUUUAUGAGUGAAAAGUAGAACUAGUAGUAGGCCUACUGGGUAUUUCUUACCAUUUAGAUAUUGAUAUGUUAUAGUAGUUUAGUUCUAUAUAAAUGCUUUUUGAUUUUAACUUAAAUAGAUGAACAGUGGUGUAGAGGAUGUUAUUCGCAAAUAACCCACCAACAUUUCCAAUUGCACAAAAUUUGGUAAUCAAAGUAUGGCCUUAUAAGAAUAUUGAGAAACUAUCACAAAAUAUCACGAAACAGUACAACAGUUCAGCCGACAGAUAUUUUUCUUGAAAUGACUUUCAUCAAUAAUCCGUGAUUAGUUAUAUGGGUUUUUGUGGAAAAUAAUUCCAAAAUCAUUUGCCGGUUUCCUGUAGAUGAGAUUAUGAAAAGUAUGGAAAAAAAUAUAAUUUGUGAAUUUUUCAUUAUAUUUUUUUGUCAGAUAGCUUUAUAGCAUAAAGCCUUGUGAAAUUUUGAAUUGGGAUAAUUUCCCAAUAUCCUGAUGUCAAUCGAUACUUUGUUAACCAACCAUUGAGGAAAUGUCAUUGAGAUAUUGGUGAAUAACAUUGACGUGUCAGCCUCAUGCGGUACACUUAUCUUGAAUUAUACAUGUUGUAACAGAAAAACUGACCAUGCCACGUGUCCUAAUACAUUUUUACAUCACUGUAUGAAAGUGGUUUCCAGCUCUAGUUCGGUGAGGUGCUACUUAUUGUAUCAUAAUGUUAUAACAUGGAUAAUGUGUUUGGUAUAACUUUCACUUUGGUCGUAAAAUAUUUCUCUUGCACUCUACAUGCAAGUGAUAUGCUGCCUAUAGUUUGCGUAUGUUUAUUAUUAUACGAAAGUAUGUAUAUGAAUGUAUGGGUUUAAAAACACCCUCAUCUUCGCUCAUGACCAAGAUAUUUUUUUCAUCGGUAUAUGGUACAUCAAGGUAUUUUCGAGAUAACCAGAAAACCUUAUGUGCUUUCUGAAUGUAAUGACAAAAUUAAAAGAAAUAGCCAAUCAUGUCUCCGAAAAUGUUCAGUUCCAUGCAAUUGAAAAAAAUGACAUAUGUGACCCGUCACAGCAAAAGCAGGCGCAUGUCGCUCUGAGCUUGGCAGGUUGAGACGGGCUGUUUGUUCAUUUCUCUAUUGUCUGCCUAUUGUGAAAUAUGAGCACAUCAAUUUCUUCCAUUAUCUCCUGGUGUCAUUUAGGCUCAUCUUCUGGGCGACAUGCGCCUGGUUUUGCUGUGAUGGCUCACACAUUGUAAAGCAUUGAAUGUACAAUUAUUACAGAAUGGCUUGUUCCAUUGAAAUGUGAGGAUAUUUUAUUGUAAACCAUAGAAUGUACAUUUAUUACACAUGUUCAAAAUGAAACAUGCGUACCUUUGGCUGUUUCCUUUAGAUAUUGUAAUGAGGUAGUGUUAGCUCCAUGUAUUAAUUAGGACUUGUAUUUUAAACUAUUAAGCGUUCCCAUGCUCAUCAUAUUUUUGGUUGUACUUGUAGUUGGAUAAAGUGGUAUAAUUAUAGCCAGAGUACAAUUAUACAUAGUCCCUUACCUUAUAUGUAUGUGUGCUGUCCUGUAUGUCUGGUAGCAGCAUAUGUGCACUGUCCUGUAUGGCUGGUAGCAGCAUGUGCACUGUAGUCCGCUGUCACAUUAUUCCUUGUUUCACUAACAUCAUGCUGAAAUGGCAAUCCAUAAAAAUGUAUGAUUUUGUGUUUAUAUUGGGUGUUCCUGCCUUUUAAAUAGUGCUAUUUUUGUUAAAAACAAAAAUGUUUGUGCCAAAAUAGAACAAUUUGUGUAUAUGAUUACUCCUAUAUUACAGUAAUAAAAUUCAUGUCAACACAGUAUUGCUGUUUGAUGUAUAUUGAUGAUUUAAAAUACUAUGUACUGUCUUUGAAUGUACUUGUAUAUUUCUUUUCCCCAAUUAUGGGGGUGCAAUUCAUAUUAUUAUUAUUAUUAUAUCCUUAUUAAAGGAGGACCACGCUAAAUGUG